CGGUGGUUUAGUCUCGGAUUCUUCGUGACAGAAUUCGGCGAUCGAUUUCUUCGUGAGCAGUGUAGCAAGGGCAUGGCAGCGAUGAAGAUGACCGCUAGCGAUAGAUUUGCUACGAACGCGGGACGAGAAGAGUUGCAUAGAUUUCGACCAGACCAGAUGACGACUGACAGUGGAGGAUCAAUUAGAGUGGUACUAAGGAUACAGCUUCCUCCUGAACCACCGUCAUGGGUUGUACGAGGUGAUAGAGUCCGUGAAUGUUUUCCUAUUAGUUAUUAUUAUUUCGUCAUUUGGCUUCUUGUUAUCAUCUAUGUUGUUAAGUUUGUCAGUUUGUUUGGGAGUUCGGCCUUUUUAUGUCAUUGAGUAUGUUUGGAUCUAUGAGAAUAUGGAUGGUUGUGUCAAGUCCGCUAAAUGGUUAGCGAUUGACGUUGCUCUUUCAGGGGUGACCGUCUCAAAGUCUGAUCAUAGGAUUACAGUCGUAGUUGUUGGAAUUUAGUUGGUGUCAGUUUUGUUUUUCCUUUGAUUGAUGUAAUGAUCCUGAAACUUAGUAUAUGAAAGAAGAUUAGUUGACGAUAAAAAACUUU